AUGACUGAAUUAAUCGAAAUUCGCCAGUUAAAACCAGUAAAAGAACGUCGAUCUCAUGCACGUUCAUAUGCAUUUACGGCAGCUAAUGCAUCAUCUGACUCUUCAGAGGAUGAAAGUAGUUCCAAUGAUGAGACGCCAUUCGUUUUUAACUCAAAAUCUUCAAAAACAUCCAAGAGAAAGAACAUAAUUCAAUCAUUACCAGUAAUUCUCAAUACACAGUCAGUUGAAAAACAGAAAAAAAAGCAUCACAAAUAUAUACAACAAUUUCUUAUUAAUACGCAACCACCAACACCAAAACCAAAACGAAAAGAAAUUGUUAUCAAACAAAUAAUGGAACCAUCGCUAAUGUCAGGGAUUCAAUAUGUACCUAUGCCGUCAUCGAGACCAAUGCAACCAACAAUAAUCGAAAGAAAACCUCUAGUUUACGAACGUGUUUACACACCGACUUUAGUUGACGAAUAUUCCAAUUAUUUUUAUAGUUUUUACGAGUCACCUUUUAGACGAGGACGAUUAAUGCGACCUCAUCCCUCGAAUACAAAAAAUGUUCGUUUACCAAAACAUUCUAAGACACUAGUUAAUCGUUUUCUAAGUGGAAUAGAACAUGCGCACGCGGGUCGAUAUGCUGAUGAAAGUGAUAGUGACUGUAGUAUCAACGAUUGUAAAGUAUGCCGUCGACUUCGAUCAGCGAUGAAUGAAGGAAAACGAAGAAGUAAUAGUGAAGUAAAUAUAUAUAGGGGUAGUCAAAUUGUUUUCGAUACAGAGGAACCAUAUAGACAUAAACAUGCUCACUCGAAGAAUUGUAAAAUAUGUGAUUUAUUAGAAGAAUCUGAUUUUAUUAUUUCAACAAAAACCGAUCGUUCAAGGAAGCCAGGAAAACAUGUUCAUAUGGUCGAAAGUUUUCCAUCAAAUAUUAAACCAACCGUAGAAACAACAACAACGACUACAACAACAGCAACACAACCAAAAUCAUUAGCUAAUGAUAGAUUACCAACAAUUUCAUCUGUUCCAAUGCAACCAGCGUAUUAUCCAAUGCCAUAUACAACAUAUGUAGACCCGAACACUGGUUUAACUUAUGCCUAUGAUCCAUCAGGAACUGGAUUUAACUAUGAUUAUUCAUCUCAUUAUAAUAAUCCAGCUUAUAUACAAAGUAAUUCACAAUACGACAUGUAUAAUAAUAUUGUACCACCGGUAACAGUUGCUACUAAUCCAACAAUACAACAACAAGAGCAGAUUCAAACGACUACAACAGUGAAUCCUAAUCUGUUGGCCGAUAAAGGAACAUUAACAUAUAUGCCAUCUGAUCGAAAAAAACACAAGCGAACAAACAAAACGGUAGUUGUUCAUACGUCUCGAAAUCCGACGCCACCAGCACCAAAAAUUAUCAUUGAACAACCACAUCGAUCGCGAUUACCCCGAAAAAUUCAAUAA